AUGGCCCGUCCCAGCAGGACGUCCCCGGGGCCCUCGUCCCCUGCCCGUCCCAGCAAGACGUCCCCUGGGCCCUCGUCCCCUGCCUGUCCCAGCAAGACGUCGCCGGGGCCCUCGUCCCCUGCCUGUCCCAGCAAGACGUCCCCGGGUCCUUCGUCCCCUGUCUGUCCCAGCACGACGUCCCCGGGGCCCUCGUCCCCUGCCUGUCCCAGCAAGACGUCCCCGGGUGGGCCUUCGUCCCCUGCCUGUCCCAGCAAGACGUCCCCGGGGCCCUCGUCCCCUGCAUGUCCCAGCAAGACGUCCCCGGGGCCUUCGUCCCCUGCAUGUCCCAGCAAGACGUCCCCGGGGCCUUCGUCCCCUGCAUGUCCCAGCAAGACGUCCCCUACCUUCGUCCCCUGCCUGUCCCAGCAAGACGUCCCCGGGGCCUUCGUCCCCUGCCUGUCCCAGCAAGAGGUCCCCGGGACCAUCGUCCCCUGCCCGUCCCAGCAAGACGUCCCCGGGGCCCUCGUCCCCUGCCUGUCCCAUCAAGACGUCCCCGGGGCCUUUGUCCCCUGCCUGUCCCAGCAAGAGGUCCCCGGGGCCCUCGUCCCCUGCCUGUCCCAGCAAGACGUUCGUCCCCUGCCUGUCCCAGCAAGAGGUCCCCGGGGCCCUCGUCUCCUGCCUGUCCCAGCAAGACGUCCCCGGGGCCUUCGUCCCCUGCAUGUCCCAGCAAGACGUCCCCUGCCUUCGUCCCCUUAUCACGCGGGGUUUGGCGUCACGCAGGCCAUGACGGCUGGUGGGCGAGUGUUGAGACGAUAG